UCCGUCGUCUGUGGACGUCCACUCUGACUGCAUGCUGAGCGCCUGCAGGGGACAGAUUAGUGAUGGCUCUGCUGCCGGACGCCGCUGCCGUCUGCUGCGUGAUCCGCCGCCGCUGCCGGGGGGGGCGGAGGAGGAGGAAGCGACGCUGUGAGCGCAGAGGUCGAGUGGGAGAUUGGAUACCCCCAAACCAAGGGAGGCUCCUCACCAUCGAGAGGGACGGAGUUAAAACCAUGAGUUCACGGCGCACAGAUGUUAAGGAAAAUCGGAACGUCUUCUCCAAAGAAGGGGUUGCAGCUGACGCUACUCAGCUCCCCAAUGGGGGUGCUGGGGGUGGGAGGAAACGUCCCUUAGAGGACGGCAAUAACGGGCAUACCCAUUCAACGUACAGGCCCAAGAAGCGUAAAAAAGUCAUUGGGCCCAUUCUGCCUAAGAAUGCCCUAAUGCAGCUAAAUGAGAUCAAGCAAGGGCUGCAGUACAAACUGCUGUCUCAGACCGGGCCGGUCCAUGCGCCCGUCUUUGUGAUGACUGUAGAGGUCAACGGGCUGCUCUUCGAGGGUUCUGGUCCCACGAAAAAGAAGGCCAAGCUGAACGCAGCGGAGAAGGCUUUGCGCUCCUUUGUGCAGUUCCCCAACAUGUCCGAAGCACACAUGGCCAUGGGCCGGACGCUGUCUGUUCACACAGACUUCACCUCGGACCAGGCGGACUUUCCUGACAUGCUCUUCAACGCCUUUGAGACAUUGAGUCCCGUAGAUGACCCGUUUCACCUUGCAUCCAACAGCUCUUUGGAAAUUUCCUUCUGCUCUUUUGGAAUCAAGUACCCAAUGCUACCCUCCCCUGUCAAACCUUUACCCCCACACCCUAUGGGGGCACCCUUAACCCCACACCCUAUGGGGGCACCCUUAACCCCACACCAUAUGAGGGCACCCUUACCCCCAUUCCCGUCCGCCUCAAUGUCCCGUACAAGCAGCAAGAACCCUGUCAUGAUCCUGAAUGAGUUGCGGCCGGGCCUAAAGUAUGACUUUGUAUCAGAGUUUGGGGUGAGCCACAGCAAGAACUUUGUCAUGUCCGUGACCGUAGAUGCGCAGAACUUCCAGGGUUCUGGGCGGAACAAAAGGCUGGCAAAGGUCCGGGCUGCACAGGCGGCUCUGUUUUCUCUGUUUAACAUGCAGCUGGAUCAGGCUCCGUGCAGACAGCCCAUACCCAGAGAAGGACUGCAGCUUCACCUGCCACAGGUCCUGGCAGACGCCAUCUCUCGCCUGGUUGUUGAAAAGUUCAGCGAACUCACAGAGGACUUCACGGCUCCACACGCUCAACGGAAAGUUCUGGCUGGUGUAGUCAUGACAACGGGCGCGGAUGUGAAGGAGGCUCAGGUGAUCUGCGUUUCCACAGGAACAAAGUGCAUCAACGGGGAGUACAUGAGCGACAGAGGUUUGGCCCUCAACGACUGCCACGCUGAGAUUUUGGCUCGCCGCUCGCUCGUCCGGUUCCUGUACUCGCAGCUGGAGCAUUUCCUGAGUGACCAGGAAGAGGAGCAGCAGAAGUCCAUCUUUAGCCAGUGUAAACACGGACGAGGUUUUAGACUGAAGCAAAACGUUCAGUUCCACCUUUACAUCAGCACAUCGCCGUGUGGCGACGCCCGCAUCUUCUCUCCGCAUGAAGCCGCCAUGGAGGAUCAGGGCGACAGACACCCGAACAGAAAGGCCCGCGGGCAGCUGCGCACUAAGAUAGAGUCCGGUGAAGGAACCAUCCCAGUCGGCUCCAGUCACACCAUCCAGACGUGGGACGGGGUUCUGCAGGGCGAGAGACUGCUCACCAUGUCCUGCAGUGAUAAGAUAGCCAGGUGGAACGUUCUUGGACUGCAAGGCUCUCUGAUGAGCUACUUCACCGAGGCCGUCUACUUCUCCAGCAUCAUCCUGGGCAGCCUGUACCAUGCAGACCACUGCUCCAGAGCCAUGUACCAGAGGAUCAGUGAGAUCCAGGACCUGUCACAGUCCUUCAGCCUCAACAGACCGCUGCUCAGCGGAAUCACAAACGCGGAGGCUCGUCAGCCAGGAAAAGCUCCUAACUUUGGUGUGAACUGGACGCUGGGAGACGUGGGCGUGGAGGUGAUCAACGCCACCACGGGGAAAGAUAAUCUGGGCCGACCCUCGCGGCUCUGCAAACACGCUCUGUUCAGCCGCUGGAUGCACCUCCACUGCAAGCUGGCGUCCAGCCUGCGGAUCCGGACAAGGCGGCCUGGCAGCUACCAGGAGGCGAAGGCGGCAGCGGUGGAGUACCACAGCGCCAAGCAGACGCUCUUUAGAGCUUUCCACACAGCUGGCCUGGGCACCUGGGUGAAAAAACCCGUAGAGACGGACCAGUUUGCUCUCGCCGACUGAGGUAGAGAGUUAGGGUUUAGUGUCUCUGACACAACAAAUGUUUUGGAUCAGUUUUAACGGAGUAAAUUCCCUCUGGAUUGCCAUGGACUGGAAGAACGAGGCACGCAAUCCACAUGUCCACCUUUUCUUCUUUUUGUCAUGCACUGAAAGAAUUUUUUUCUCUAAAUAUUCAGACUUUUGUUUUUUAAAUAUUCAAGAUUUUUCUCAAAAUAGGCAAGCUUUUUUGGGCAAAAUAUUCAGACCUUCUUCUAAAAUCCAUGGAUUUGGUAAGAAAAGGUCAGUACAUUUUAACGUUCCACCUUCGUUUUAAUAUCCUCAUGCUGCUCCCUCUCAACCAGCAGUACACAUUCUCAUUCAAUAUAACGCAUCAUAGGUUACUAAAACAAGAGACAAAUGUAAAAAACAGACUUUGGGAAUUGAACAGCAUUUCCGUCUAAAAUAUAACGUGUGAUCAUAACAGAAUAGUAGGUAGUCUACUGUAAAAUGUUAAUUGUGUUGUGUUGCAGAAUGUUCCCCUGCAGUUUGUAACAAACCUUUUUCGGCUUUGUUGUAAUUCUUUUGACUGCACAAGAUAUUUUCUUUUAUUUCAAGCUGAGAAUAUGCUACUCAUCCACAGCCCCGCCCUCAGUUUCAACGACAGCUUUAGAGAUGUCUGAUGUUCCUCAGAAAAUGCAAAUUUGGUCAAAGUGGAGGAAGCCUGUGUGCACCUAAUGCUCUCGUUUCCAAUGUUACCUUUCACAAGUUGUUUUUCAGACAUUUUUGUAGCUUUUUGUCAGUUUCCUGACCCAGAGAUUGAAAAACUGACUAAAUGGGCCCCCGACCCAGAGCAUCAGAAAAUCCCACAAAGGAUCCCAACCCAGAGUGUCAAACAGUGACUCCAAAAGGGGAACACAGAGUGUCAUGGGAUUACAUUCAACUUUAGUAGAAAGACUUUUUUCUUCAGAAACUAAGCCCAAAGGCACCUGACCAUGCAUUGUUUUUUUGACACACUGGCAGUUAGACGGAGUUAGACUAGAUCAACAACCCUUAUGCAAUUAGAAUAUUUUUUGCGUCUAUAAUUCUCUCCUACAGUGAAAUAACCCCUAUCACAACCAGUAAAAGAUCACCAAAGAUUAUGUCAUUUACAUUUCAUUUAAAUGUCUCUACCACUGUUGAUGUUUUACUCUUGCAACACAAAAAAGUCAUGUCCUGAUCCAGCUUCUGUUUAUUAGGACUAGAUUUGAAAUUUAAAUUGUUGUUAAAGGUCCCAUGAAAUGGAGCUCUUUGGAGGCUUUUAUAUACAGUACCUUAGUGGUCCCCCAAUACUGG